UAAAUAUCAUCAUACCUAAGAUGAUAAGUAAGUAGGUAUAUAUAACUAAUUAAUUUUUUGUACCAAUCUCUCUCGUGUAGGAUUCAAAUCCACAUAACUCUUAUACACACAUCACUACAUAUUGACAUUUUAUAUAGCAAUAACAACGACAAAAAAAAAAGCGGUGUUGUUUGUUUAGAUUAUUAUUAUCAAUCGAUCGAAGAAAAUUCAGAAUGGGGAAUACGUUCUGUUUAUUCUGUGGCUGUGUCGAACAGUCUAGCGUCGGCGUUGUUGAACAGUGGGGUCGUUUUCACCGAGUGGCUCAACCUGGUUUCCAGUUCUUCAACCCCCUCGCCGGUGAAUGUCUCGCUGGUAUUCUCUCCACUCGUAUCGCUUCCCUCGACGUCAAAAUCGAAACCAAAACCAAGGAUAAUGUUUUUGUGCAGUUGUUGUGUUCGAUUCAAUACCGCGUGGUUAAGGAAAGUGCUGAUGAUGCUUUUUAUGAGUUGCAAAACCCUCAGGAACAGAUCCAGGCUUAUGUUUUUGAUGUCACUCGUGCUAUUGUUCCGAAGAUGAAUUUGGAUGAGUUGUUUGAGCAAAAAGGUGAGGUUGCAAAAGGUGUCAUGGAAGAACUUGGAAAGGUGAUGGGAGAAUAUGGAUAUAGCAUAGAGCACAUACUGAUGGUUGAUAUUAUACCCGAUCCUUCUGUGCGGAGGGCGAUGAAUGAGAUCAAUGCAGCUCAAAGGUUGCUACUUGCUAGUGAAUUCAAAGGAGAAGCUGAUAAAGUGGUUAUAGUUAAAAAGGCGGAAGCAGAAGCUGAAUCAAAGUAUUUAGGCGGGGUUGGUGUUGCAAGACAGCGUCAAGCUAUCACGGACGGUUUAAGAGAGAACAUCUUGGAAUUCUCUACCAAGGUAGAAGGAACUUCAGCAAAGGAAGUGAUGGAUCUUAUCAUGAUUACUCAGUACUUUGACACAAUCAAAGAACUUGGGAACUCUUCAAAGAAUACCACAGUUUUUAUACCUCAUGGACCUGGCCAUGUUAGGGAUAUUAGUAAUCAAAUACGCAAUGGAAUGAUGGAAGCAUCAUGUGCUCAAGUAACUGAUGAUGUUGAGUGAUUUUAAGUUGUAAAUUUAUAUGUUUGAGUUGGUACUAAUACAAUUCAUUGGUAUUUAUAGGAACUUAUUUAUUUCCCAGUGUAUUAAAAAUAUAGUUUUGUUUAUUUGGAACUUAUUUAUUAAUAUAUGUAAAACUGUCAAAACAAUAUAUAAUAAAAAAUAAAUGAAUGUCAGGAUAAUAGGUAUUUCAGUUA